AUGCCGUACAUUACCAGCGUCCAUGAAUCUUUACCAUACAUCGACCCGGAACCGAGUGCGGAACAGCGUGCAGCAGCCGAGGCGCUGAUCGCCGAGGAGCGAGCACUCGUUCCAGACGACCCUCACCAUGCCCUAUUGCGACCGCCCUACGAGCCUCGGUUUACGGAGGCUAUGCGCGCCGAGAUAGACCGCGUGGCUGCAAACCAGAAACUGGACAAGAAGGACCAGAAACCCCUCUCGGCCAUCGAUCUGUCACGAUACGAAGCACAAGAAGAACUGCCCGCCAAUGGUUCCGCAGCCAGCCUGCGCUCUGUCCUUGCCAAUGCCUACACCAGCCAAGCAUAUCUGCGCAGCCGGCGCGCGCACCUAGCACUGCUCGACAGCUACGGGAAAAACGCCUGGCUGGUGGGCAAUUGGCAGGUAGAAACUGAGCUGCGCGGAGUCGAGGCUGAGCUGGCGCAGACACGCCGCCAUAUUGACAUCACCACACUGCGGCGCCAACGGGCCCAGAACGAGGCCGCGCCCGAGCUGCAAAGCCUCGAAGAGACGUGGCGGACAGGCAUUGGGCGCGUCCUCGAAACUGAAGCUGCUGCUGAAGACUUGCGCCAACAGUGUCUGGAUGCGCGAAGACGACAGGUCGCGAGCGAGGUCUGA